AAGGAGACGAGUUUCCGCAUCGCGUGACUUCCGCUGUGACAUGCGCAGUAAAGUAGACGGCAGUCGUCUUGUUUUGGUUUCGGGUAAUCAACGAAAUCUCAGCGUCGCGUCAAUUUCCAGCAGCAGAACRGUCGCCAAAACCCGGGAUUUGGACUAAAACGGGACAACAGCGAGUAUCAUGGGUGCUGGUUCGAGCACCGAGGCAGAAAGAGAGCCCCUGCUCGGCCCGGCUUACGUGGGCACGAACCGCCAGCCCGUCAGCCGAGUGUACGGCAGAAGAUGGCUGGUUCUGACCCUGUUUUCUCUACUGGGACUCAUGCAGGGGAUGGUGUGGAACUUCUGGGGUCCUAUUGAGAACUCAGCUGUCCAGGCUUAUGGAUUCUCCAAGUCGGACAUCGCGGUUCUGGUUCUGUGGGGCCCAGUGGGGUUCAUUCCUUGGCUGCUGUUUAUGUGGUUAAUGGAUAAAAAAGGUUUGCGGUCAUCGCUUCUCCUCUCUGCCUUGUUCAUGCUGCUCGGAGCGACUCUCCGAAGCAUCCCAGUGACAGACCAGCACAUCAGACGAUGGAUGAUACACGGAGGCCAGUUUCUAAAUGGUUUGGCCGGGCCGACCAUAAUGAGCGCCGGCCCCUUCCUCUCCACUACAUGGUUUGCCCCAGAUCAGAGAGCAACAGCAACGGCCGUGGCCUCGCUCUUCUCCUACUUGGGAGGUGCUGCUUCAUUUCUAGUGGGACCACUUAUUGUUCCAGCUCCCAAUGCCUCCCUGGCAGCAGCGGGGCUUUCCAACAGYUCCAUUCAAAGCAGAAUACAGCUCGUUCUGUAUGCAGAACUGGGUGCAAUUGCGAUGCUUUUUACCGCCGUCCUGUUCUACUUCCCAUCUCGACCACCAAUCCCUCCCAGUGUGGCCGCAGCAAGCCAGAGACUCAGUUACAGGAGCAGCAUCUGCAGACUUCUGAGCAAUUUCCGGUUCUUGAUGAUUGCACUGGCCUAUGCAGUCCCCACUGGAGUGGUUGCUGGCUGGUCGGGAGUCCUGGACAUGGUUCUUACCCCAGCUAAUGUCAGCCAGGUGAACGCAGGCUGGGUGGGAUUCUGGUCCAUAGUUGGUGGAUGUAUUUUUGGAGUUGCAAUGGCCAGAUUUGCUGACUCUAUUCGUGGGAUGCUGAAGCUGAUACUGGUGCUGAUGUUGGCAGGAGCUUCGCUGUCUUCCACCUGGUUCACUCUCACCUGUCUGAGCAGUUUUACCCACCUCCCAUCUACUUCUGCCAUCUUGUACACUUCCUGCAUCCUGGUUGGAGUUUUUAUCAACAGCAGUGUCCCGAUAUUCUUUGAGCUCUUUAUUGAGACUGUGUACCCUGUUCCUGAAGGCAUCACCUGUGGGGUUGUCACUUUCCUGGGAAACCUGGCCACUGGCUUGCUCCUCUUCUUCCUCACCUUUUACUGCACAGAGGUCUCCUGGCUGAACUGGUGUGUAACUGGUUCUUGUCUCUUCAGCCUCGUCCUCAUUCUCUUCUUCAAGGAGUCCUACGAUCGUCUCUACCUGGACGUCUUUGUCUCGGUGUGACACAGAAAAGGGAAAUAAAUCUGGAUGAUACCUGCUCUAGCAUGAAGAGGACCUGAAAAGGGAUUUGAAGAGUGACUGGGAAACCUUUUUGCUCUUUGUAAGAUGUAUUAUUUUAGGAUCAAAAURUGUACAUACUGCUAACUAUGGAGACGGUAAUUUAUUGUUAAACCACAGAAGAACCAAGACUGGUUCUUGAUCUUUUACUCAUCAGAAGUGGUCAAUCCAAGGUCAAAUAAUGGUUUAAUUUGUUACUUUUYUAUUGACCAUUUGUUGGUAUGUAAACAAUAUAUGAACAAUUUAUGAUUAUUAAACUGGCCCAAAGUGGACAGACUGUUGUUUACAGAUUUAAAGCUUUUCUCUGUCGUUUUGUUUGAAUUUUCCUCAUGUCUGAAGAGACUGGACAGUUCCUCUGAGCGAACAAACGGGACAUCACACUGACUCCAACUCUAAAUCAAGUGUUUGUCCCCAACGAAGGAGGGAGAAAUGAUAAUGGAACAGUCCCACCAGCCAAUGAGUGGCCCGGCUGUGUUGAGUUGUAAAAAAUGUGUUCGUGCUGCAGACUGCCGGCUGUGACUCAGAGCGAAGGAUUAACUGGCUCGACACAGUGACCUGUGGUAGUGCCCGUCAUUGAGAYGCAGGUACUUGGAUUAUGUUUUAUCACCUUCUCAAAAUGAUCAUUAAACACAAAUAAUCCACCAGAUUAUUUGUGUUUAAUGAUUAUGACUGGAUGCCAGCCAGAGACAUGGACUGGGACUGGACACACCUCCUGUUUCAUUGAAAAGUCUUUGAUCCUUUUUGGUUUUCAGGCAUAAUUAUGACUCAUGAUGUUUGUUUCUGCUAGAUGUACUUUUUAAAGGGAUCCUGAUUAGUUGUAACAUU